AUCAUCAUGAUAAUAUAUUUUUGAUCAUAUCACAACAAAACCAGACUAAGAGGACCCGCACUCAUCAACAUCAUCUUGUCACUUCACUUGUGUGCAUUUUAACAAACAGGUCCUACUUUGCAUUGCCAAAAUAAUAAAUCAGAUAAGAUUUGAACGGUUCAAAUCAAUCAGACCAUCAUAUUUCAAUACUCCUACUUGUAUACAUCCAUACUCCUGAAUGUAUAUUAUCAAAAUUUACUUCAUUGGAUUGAUCGUAUCGUACAUCUUCCUUCCCCUGGAUUCUCUGGUUUAGAAAAACAAUUUCUUAAUUAAAUUUUCUUUUCGAUUCUUCAGAUUCUCACUCUAAGAAAAUCAGGAGGGCAUAAUCCGAAAUUUAUUGCGAAUAUUUGGGGCUAGGGUUUUACUUGAAAUGGUUCCCGUGGAUCGUUAUUCUGAUGAUGAUGAUUUAGAAGAUAUGAUGCCACCAGAAAACCCUUUGCCACUUCAAGCUAGGCGGUUUGAUGAUCAUAUGAUUCCUACUGAUGAUGAAGAAGAUGAUGAUCAUCAUCAUGAUCAUGAUCAUGAUCGUCGACGUGAUGAUGAUGAAGAUGAUGAGGAUGAUUAUGAUGGAGGUGGUGGUGGAGAUGAAACCGAAGAUGAUCUUCAAGAUAUACCUGUUAAUUCAGGAGGGAAUUUUCGAAAUGCUUCCACAAGAACUCGUACUAGUGAACUGACUCUUGCGUUUGAAGGAGAAGUUUAUGUUUUUCCUUCAAUUACUUAUGAGAAGGUGCAAGCUGUUCUUUUGCUUUUAGGAGGUCGAGACAUACCUACUGCUGUGCCUGCAGUUGACGUCUCUUACCAUCAGAACGAUGGGGUAUUCAACGCUGCUAGCGAUGCUCCACGACGUUCAAACCUGUCAAAAAGAAUUGAUUCUCUCGUUAAGUUUCGCGAAAAGCGGAAAGAACGAAAUUUUGAUAAGAAAAUUCGGUACAAUGUUCCUAAAGAGGUUUCUCCGAAGAUGCACCGUAAGAAAGGCCAGUUCGCAUCCUCAAAGCAGGCAAAGCAAGGCCGUGUUAAUUCCUCUAGUCGGGAUUCAUCGCAGUUUGUUCUCCAGGGGGACAUGACUCCCCGUUCGGAAGUUGGUUCACGCAGAUGUUCUCAUUGUGGUACCAGUGAGAGUUCGACCCCAGCUAUGCGUCGUGGGCCAGCUGGUCCAAGGACUUUAUGCAAUGCAUGCGGGCUUAUGUGGGCAAACAAGGGAACUCUGCGAGAUCUCUCUAAAGGUGGAAAGACUCCGCUUUCUUUCCAAAAUGGCCAGGGGACCCGCAAGGAUACGAAAGCUUUGCCUACAGACACCAGGGAUUUAUCACCUGAUCUAGAUGAGGAGGGAACUCCUGAAGGUGUUCAUCGGGGAGCUUCUUAUGGCGACAUGGACGAGCUGGGAAGUCCGGAUGAUUUAAAGCCAUUGCGUAAGAUCAGAAAUUCUUAUGCUGAUUCUGACCAGGAGUUUUUUGAAGAUUAUACUAAGCCUUUAGCUUUUCAUAUGAAAAAAUCUUCUGCUAAACGUAAAGAGCCGUCAUUUUAUAGGCCUACUAACUCCUCGACAAGGAGAAAAAAUGGCUGAGGACUAUGCCAACAACUAGCUGGACACAGAUCUGGACUUCUUCACAAGUACAGCUAAACUAGCAAAUUGCGGAGGGUGUGAUAUUUGACUCUUAGAUGAGUCUUGGAGGUGGAUUUUGUAACAGGGUUGUGGGUGUGGUGGAUAUGAUUCCUCUUCUAGUUGUGUAUUGAUAGUUUUAGCGAUGGUUCCUGAAGGAAAGCUGUUUAUCGGUCUAUAAAUAUGAUGUGAUCCAUUUGCCAGGGAUUUUUCACUGGAUAUUGAUGUUGGUUUUGGUUAUAUUCAGUUUCUCCUCUUUUCUCAUUUCUUUUUGGUCGGGACAGACUACAGAUGUUAAACUUUAGGGAGAAAGAAUGGUAUUUUAGCUCAGUAAUAAGAAAACGAGGAAUUUUUAAUGUUUCAUGCCAUUAGCGGGCAU